GCCCCUCCCGCUCCCGCCCCACGGCCCACUCCCCGGAACCGGCGGCGGGGCUGCCGCAGCCAGCAGUCGAACGGCGACGGCACCGCGGAGCCGCCGGCAUGAGCACCCCCAGCCGCCCCGCGUCCCCGGCCCGGCCCUUCUGACAAGAGGUGUGAGAGGAUUGCUGUUUUAUUGCAAUCAUGGUGCAAAAAUACCAGUCACCAGUGAGGGUGUAUAAACACCCCUUUGAAUUAAUUAUGGCUGCCUAUGAAAGGAGGUUCCCUACGUGUCCUUUGAUUCCGAUGUUUGUGGACAGUGACACUGUGAAUGAAUUCAGGAGUGAAGAUGGGGCUAUUCAUGUUGUAGAAAGGCGCUGCAAGCUGGAUAUAGAUGCCCCUAGACUGCUGAAGAAGAUUGCAGGAGUCGAUUAUGUUUAUUUUAUCCAGAAAAACUCACUGAACUCUCGGGAACGUACUUUGCACAUUGAGGCCCGUAAUGAAACGUUUUCUAACCGCGUCAUCAUCAACGAGCACUGCUGCUACAGCGUUCACCCUGAAAAUGAAGAUUGGACCUGUUUUGAACAGUCUGCAAGUUUAGAUAUUAAAUCUUUCUUUGGUUUUGAAAGUACAGUGGAAAAAAUUGCAAUGAAACAGUAUACCAGCAACAUUAAAAAAGGAAAAGAGAUCAUUGAGUACUACCUUCGUCAGCUAGAAGAAGAAGGCAUCACGUUUGUGCCCCGCUGGACUCCACCUUCCCUUGCACCCGCUUCAGAGAUGUCCUCAUCCUGCAAGAAACCAGCAGCGCCGUUGGCUGUAGUGGUCCCCGACCCUGCGCUAAAGGAAGGGCUGAGCAGCGAGCCCCUCAGCACUCCGAGCGGGGCGCCCGAGCCCUCCGUGGGGACCCCUGACGACAAACUAGACGCAGACUACAUCAAGAGAUACCUGGGUGACCUGACUCCACUGCAGGAGAGCUGCCUGAUCCGGCUUCGCCAGUGGCUCCAGGAGACCCACAAGGGCAAAAUCCCGAAAGAUGAGCAUAUUCUCCGGUUCUUGCGCGCCCGGGACUUCAACAUAGACAAAGCCAGAGAGACCAUGUGUCAGUCCCUGACCUGGCGGAAGCAGCACCAGGUGGACUACAUCCUCGACACCUGGCAGCCCCCCCAGGUCCUUCAGGACUACUACGCGGGGGGCUGGCACCAUCACGACAAAGACGGGCGGCCCCUCUACGUGCUCCGGCUGGGCCAGAUGGACACCAAAGGCUUGGUGAGAGCCCUCGGCGAGGAGGCCCUGCUGAGAUACGUUCUCUCCAUAAAUGAAGAAGGGCUAAGACGGUGUGAAGAAAAUACAAAAGUCUUCGGCCGGCCUAUCAGUUCGUGGACCUGCCUGGUAGACCUGGAAGGGCUGAACAUGCGCCACCUGUGGAGGCCGGGCGUGAAGGCCCUGCUGCGCACCAUCGAGGUGGUGGAGGCCAAUUACCCCGAGACGCUGGGCCGCCUCCUGAUCCUGCGCGCCCCCAGGGUUUUUCCUGUCCUCUGGACUCUGGUUAGUCCAUUCAUUGAUGACAACACCAGAAGGAAAUUCCUUAUUUAUGCAGGAAAUGACUACCAGGGUCCUGGAGGCCUGCUGGAUUACAUCGAUAAGGAGAUUAUUCCAGAUUUCCUGAGUGGAGAGUGCAUGUGUGAAGUGCCGGAGGGGGGCCUGGUGCCCAAGUCCCUGUACAGGACCGCGGAGGAGCUGGAGAACGAAGACCUCAAGCUCUGGACCGAAACCAUCUACCAGUCCGCGAGCGUUUUCAAAGGGGCCCCGCACGAGAUUCUCAUUCAGAUUGUGGAUGCCUCUUCGGUGAUCACUUGGGAUUUUGAUGUGUGCAAAGGGGACAUCGUCUUUAACAUCUAUCACUCCAAGAGGUCGCCGCAGCCACCCAAAAAGGACUCCCUGGGGGCGCACAGCAUCACUUCCCCAGGAGGGAACAACGUGCAGCUGAUAGACAGAAUCUGGCAGCUGGGCCGUGACUACAGCAUGGUGGAGUCACCUCUGAUCUGCAAAGAAGGGGAAAGUGUGCAGGGCUCCCACGUGACACGGUGGCCGGGCUUCUACAUCCUGCAGUGGAAGUUCCACAGCAUGCCGGCCUGUGCCGCCACCAGCCUGCCCCGCAUGGACGACAUGCUGGCCUCCCUGCAGGUCUCUUCCCACAAGUGCAAAGUGAUGUACUACACCGAAGUGAUCGGGUCCGAGGACUUCCGAGGCUCCAUGACCAGCCUGGAGUCCAGCCACAGCGGGUUCUCCCAGCUCAGCGCCGCCACCACCUCGUCCAGCCAGUCCCACUCCAGCUCCAUGAUCUCCAGGUAGUGCCCAGUGCGCAGAGGGGACGGCCCACCGCCUCGGACCGCCGCCCGCCCAGCAGCCACGUUGUGCGGACUCCUCUGGCCCUCUAGGUAGCACGUAGCUCUCCAGGUGGUAAACGUAGGCACUGAUCGCGAAACGAUCUCGACUGGUAGUUUUAACUCUAACUCAAUAGCCAUAGAUUUUGUAUACAGUGUGCACAAAAUCCAACCAGAGCACAAGGGCUCUCUCUUCAAAGAAAAGUAGUUUAUAUACCAAUUAAGAGGUUGACUUUGUCUCAAAUGUUGAUGCAAAAAAUGUUUCCAAGCACCUCCACACCAUCCCUUAGUGGAUGAACUCCCCACCGCCCGUCAGAGGUGACCCACCUUCCUCCGCGGAGCAGAAGCUGCCAACCCGUCCCCCGCCCUGCAUCCGGCCCUCACCUCCUCCCCGCCGGUAGCCGACGCGGUCCGGGGAUUCAGUGGCUGCCCGCUAGGCCCCUUCUCUUCUGAGCAGACACCGCUUCAUCAGAAGGGCUCCGAGGGGCCUGUGGGCACCCCGGCCCGGCUCCGGGGCCAGACGGACCCACUGUUGCAAAGUGGGUCUGGGGGGUCAGGGGCUCUCGCGGACUCCCCGCAAUGCCAGGAAGAACACCGCCAUCAUUAAACAUUAUUUUCUCUUUC